AUGCCGCCUGAUCCGGCCGCCAUGUCCAAGGGCACGUGUCGCGUCGUUUCCGCAGGAGUGGAUUUGCGAUCCGUCAAGCUGUGCACCGUCAACGACACCUCCUCCUCGUCCUCGUCGCCCACCUGGUUACCAUCUUCGCCACCCACAGCACUGGAUCUUACCGACACGAGCUGCACGUACUGGGUGCAUGCUGCCAAUGUUCGCCGCGCUCCAUGCGCCAGUGCCCGCCUCCCCCGCGCCAGGGCAUAUUCAUGCACCUCGCUGCUACCGCCGUCACCAGCUUCCCAUAUUCAUGCACCUCGUGGCCUCGGUCUGGGAGUGCUGUGCAGAAUCCCACGUCCAACCCCCCACUCUCUCUUUUCCCCAUCCCCCAUUCCUCCCCUCGACGUCCCUCAUUUCUCCCACAGGUUCUUUUCAGACGAGUCCAUAUUCCAGCCCUCCUCCUCGGUGGGCAAGCCCUAUCUGGGCCUCAGCCUGGGCGUGCUGCUGGGAGUGCUGUGCUGCGUGGGCACGCAUGUCUUUGGUCGCAUCGUUGUGGCUCUUGACUGCUUUCAACCCCCAGCUUCCUCCCUUUUCGUCUCUGCGAUUGAGGUAAGCCGUGGGCUGCGCAUAACUCUAGUUGGAAGCUUGCUCCAUUCAGCAGGGUCGGGUUCUCUCUCUGAUGAGCUGGAUGAUUUGGAUCUCUCGGAAAGCAUUCUCAGCUGCUUCUGCCCGUCGCUAGUCGACAGCCCUUUUCUGGCAAAGAAGCACCCUGAGAAUUCACCUGAGAGGUCACCUGAUCGCUACCGCAAGGCGGAUGUGUGCCGUCUGAGUAGUCUGGGCCGAGCUGUUGCAGCAGGGGCGGAGGAUGUUGAGCCGCUUUCCCUGCUUCGGCAGGAGGAGCAGUCACAGGCAGAGGCAGAGGUAGGGGGACAGACAGCGGAACAGGCUCGGGCUCAGGCUCAAUCACGGGCAGGGGCAGAUGCAGAGGCAGAGGCAGAGGCAGGGGGACAGGCACGAUCGCAGCACCCACAAGGUCUGCCUGCUGAUGCCUCAGAAGCGCAGCCGUGCAAGCAUUCACAAGUGGGUGACGACAGGCUGCUUCUGCCUGUGCCUCAAGAAGAGACCGUGCCUGAGGAGCUGCUGUUGGGGUAUCAGCAAGUAAGUUGUUUGAGUCCAGCUGUGUGCUGUGAGGUAUCGGGUGUGGAGGGCGAUAGAGGUGGUGCUGUCACAGCAGCAGCAGGUUCGGCGGCAGGUCCGGCAGCAGAUCCGGUCAUAGUUUCGGCAGCAGGUUUGGCACCAGGUCUGGCAGCAGCUGCAAUGGUGGCUCCUCCAGGUUCAGAGGGUUUGGCUGAUAGGGACCAGCAAGUGGCAUCAGUGCCACCACUACCACUCACACCUGCAGCAGCAGAUCAGCCAUCAGCCUUGAGAUCAUCGUCAGCAUCAUUAUCAUUGCCAGCAUCAUCGUCAGCAUCAUUGUCCUCAGCAGCCGUAUCAGCACCCUCGGCUCCUUUGUCAGUAGAAGCUGGGGCUUCAGGGUCAGAAUUGUCAUCAUCGCGAGAAGUAACCGCACCUGCUGCGCAACCACAGCAACGCCCAAAGCCUCUUUCGCCCCGGAGCAGACGAUACCCGUCGCCCACUUUCCUACUCCAGGCGCGCGCACAAGCCUUGUGUUACAUCGCUAUAACGUGCGCAGUUGUUGGGCUCCUGGGUAUUCUUCACGAUACUGGAUUAGUGCCGUUUUUAGAUCCUUCUGGAGCGCCUGUGUUCUUGCAAGGGAUUAAUUCCUUGCUCCAGCAAGGUGGUUUGCCCUAUGCCUCUGCAGCAGCCUUUGAUGGCUCCUCCGGUGCUGACCGCUCUUCGGUAUACCGCGACCACCGGCUUUUCGUGUGA